GCCAAGUGGUGCAUAGACUGGCUGAGGCUCAUGGAAACAUUUUUGCUAAACGUAUAGAAGUUGUUUACCUGUUUAAACAACUUCAUUUGAAAUUCAAUAAACAAUUUGUUCAUUCAGUGUCACUGUUGAAACUCUAAAUCACGUUUAAUAUACCCAGCAUUAGAUAAGUUUGUAAGAUAACGAUGUAUAUAGAUAUGUCUUCCGUUUAUAUGUUAACUGUACUUUGUUACUUGUUAAAUCUUUCCGGUGGAUACUCUCUUAAAUAUAAGGAUUACCAAAAUUUAGCGACAGAUCUAAAUCACUUGUUGAGUAGUCAUGCUGUACAGACAGACAGAAACAUUUGUUGUGCUAAUGGACAGUGGGAAGCAAACGCUUUCUUAGACUAUGGUGCUGUGUUAUCUAUUCCUGAAGCAACUUCGUUCUUUCAUUACAACGGCACUGGACGAAUUGCUUUUGAUGAUGUGAACAAGAAGUCCUUUAUAAGUUUUAACAUAACGGCAUUUUCCCCUCAAGUUCCAGUCUAUUCUCAUUUUACAACAACAACAAUUAAAGACUUUGCUAAGGGGAUAAUGUACGAAAUUGAUGAUGAUGGUCAUUGUAUGAAAGACAGCAUUUCUCGGGAUAUGCAGUUAGUCUGCGUUCCAGGAAAUGUUACGUCCCUGUCAGUGGGUGGGGUAGGAACCGAGGUUGUUUCAACAUACCAGUUUUCAGCACCAAGCCCUGGAUCAGUACGAACUAUAACAGCAUCAGUUCUUAAAAAUGGUAUUCAAUGCGUUCCAGUGACGUUGUCACAGUCCGUGUAUGCCGAGAAUGAUGUUUCCCACGGUACAGUUUUUAGUCUUGAUAUAAUGGACGUCACGUUUGGAAUUAAAGAUCCAUCGAUAUUUGUUCUUCCAAAGUCUUGUGACAAUCAACAUUAAAUUACAUUGUCGGAAACCUUUCAACAAGCCUUGUUCUGUAUUAGAACAUUAUAGUGGCGUAUACAUUGCUAUUUGUUUCCUGCUUGUAUCAUGAAUAUAUUUAAAUACUUUGACAGAAGACACAUUGAUUUCCUCAUUUGAACCGCCUCUUAAAUGCACUACUGUUUUCACAAUGUACCCAUAUCAAAUACCUUGCGCAAUAUGUUGAUCUUGUAAUGGUUGAUAUUUACGAACUACUUCUGUUGACGACAUGAAAUCAUAAAAAGUAUUUUAAUAUUUUUAUUCAUAUCGUAUAUGUUAUAAUGACUCCUACUUCCGUAUAUACGAAGCCGCUGCAUACGAUUUCUGUGUUGAUAAAUCGUAAGUACUGGUUGAAAUACGAACAGAAGACUUUGUGGUUGUUUCGUAUAUCUGAAAAUAUUUAUCACAAUAUCUUUACAUGAACCUUAACCUUAAUCUGGAUAAAUGAUUGACACAUGAUAUAUAGAAGUUGCUUAAUCUAGAUCAUGUAAAUUUGAUAUCUCACUAUAACCUCAUUGUUGAGGUUAGUUCAAGUACUAAAGCUACAAUACAUAACCAACAUGUCUGUUGCUUUGAUACUUAUCUUGUCUGGUGUAUUGGUACAAGCUUCUCUUGGAUAUUACGUUAAACUUGACGACGGACGUUGGAACCAUGCAACAUUUCACGCAAACCUGAAACACUUGUUCCAUGAAAGUUCCGCAGCCUCGACAGAAAAUAUCUGCUGUGCGAACGGUCAAUGGGAAGCGAAUGCCUACGUAAAUGCUGUUACUAAACUGACGAUAGAAAAUGUAACGAUGAUUGUUUACUACAACGGAACAGGAAAAAUUGCUUUUGAUGAAGUGGAUAAAAAAUCCUACAUCAGUUUCAAUGUAACGGAAUCCGCACCUGGUACUCCUAAACAGUAUCAUAAGAAAUCAACGGCUAUCAAGGAUUAUGCGACGGGAAUAACAUAUGAAAUUGAUGACGGAGAUUGUUUUCAACAAGCAAACUCUGAGGGUAUGCAAAUAGUCUGUGUUCCAGAAAAUGCAAAACAGAUCUCAAAAGGUUCGUUUGGGAGUACAGACGUUACAACAUUUCAGUUUUCAACAAGUCAACCACCACUGGAAAUAGUAACUACACCGACAGUACGGCAAAAUGGUACUUACUGCGACACAAUUAUGUUUUCCUAUGCCUUAUUCUCAGAUGAUGGAGUUCAAGAAUUCGUGUAUGACAUCGAAGUUAUAGAUAUAACUCGAGGAAUUCAAGAUCCUUCUAUCUUUGUGCCACCGAAAUCAUGCGGCUAAGCUUCGUGUCUUUCUACAAAUGACAAUAAAAAGAUGAUCUAGAAAUACAUCACAUGUAUAUUAUUGAUUUUACAACAAGGUUGUCAUAAUAAUGCUUACAAUUGUAACAAACAGUUAUUUUAAGACUUGAAACAGACAGUAACUGAAACUAUUAUAUGGACAAAACAUGAUAGUAGACCAUGUUAGACAUGUGUCGCAUUAUACUGUAUACAACAGACAAGGUGUUUGUAUUGCCAUAUAGAACUAACAGAGACACACAUAUUAGGAUAUAAUUUAUCCCGUGAUUUCAGACUUAUACAACCUUCUUUUGUUGUCAAAGAUACAAUAAGAUGUUCUUUAUUGAGACAUUUCUGUAUUUGUUUUUGUUCAUCUAUUCCUAGUUUAACUAUUAUGCGUGAGGAAGAAUUCUGAAGUAAAUACUAGCAAAUGGAGAGUAAAUAAAAUACUGACACCUACAUUAACUGAAUAGGAAAAUCCAUUUUGAAAAUAAUAUACACUUGGAUUAAUCUAAUUAUUCCUUGUUUCACAUAACUCGAACUUCAAAGAAAUGUAUAUCAACGUGUCAUAUAAACUAUGUCUUAGUUCCAGCAUAAUGACAUUUAAUUAAAGCUUACCUUUAUUUGAACCCCAAAUUUUCACAAUCUCGGUUCAUUGCACGUCCAUUUCCACGUAAUAAUUCUGUAGUUACAAAAGCAAUAUUCUUUUGACUUUGAAUCUUACUGCGACAGUUUUGUUCUAAAGUCUAUGGAAAACUUCGUUAAUUGUUUGUUCAACUGACAGUUCCAGAAGAAUUACAAAAGAGUUAUUAAGUUAACAAGUUAACAAUUAUGCAGAAGAAGUUUUCGAUAAUAUCCAACCCUCCAAAUUUCAAGAGAUUUUAAAAACUCAGCAUGUUAUUCAUGUUUUGGCUCAAACAUUUCACAAUGUCUAUCGCCAUACUGCAAUCGUCGCAACGUUUCCUAUUUGAUAGUGUAGCGACUCCUC